CUCAGAUGGCUCCUGCAAAGAAAGGUGGCGAGAAGAAGAAGGGACGCUCUGCCAUCAAUGAGGUGGUAACUAGGGAAUAUACCAUCAACAUUCACAAGCGGAUCCAUGGCAUUGGCUUCAAGAAACGAGCACCACGUGCUCUCAAGGAAAUCCGUAAAUUUGCAAUGAAGGAGAUGGGUACUCCUGAUGUUCGCAUUGACACCAGAUUGAACAAAGCAGUCUGGGCUAAAGGAAUAAGGAAUGUUCCUUACCGUAUCCGCGUGCGUUUGUCCAGAAAGCGCAAUGAGGAUGAAGAUUCACCAAACAAGCUAUACACACUGGUUACCUAUGUACCAGUCACAACAUUCAAAGGUCUACAGACAGUCAAUGUGGAUGAAAAUUAAACUGAUUUUCAUUACAAUAAAAAGAUAA